AUCUCUUUAUUCUGGAUCGCGCUUUCUGAAAAAGUUUUACAUGCAAGCAGACCAUUUGCUUCAAGAAUGGCUGCGGUGAAACUUACAGACCAGCCUCCCCUCAUCCAAGCAAUCUUCAGUGGAGACCCUGAUGAAAUACGUAUGUUGAUUUAUAAAUCAGAAGAUGUGAAUGCUGUGGAUAAUGAAAAACGCACACCUCUCCAUGCAGCAGCAUUCUUGGGUGAUGUAGAGAUAAUUGAGCUUCUUAUAUUAUCUGGAGCUCGUGUUAAUGCUAAGGAUAACAUGUGGUUGACGCCUCUUCAUCGUGCUGUUGCUUCAGGAAGUGAGGAAGCAGUGCAGAUACUGAUAAAACAUUCUGCUGAUGUCAACGCUAGAGAUAAAAACUGGCAAACACCGUUACAUGUCGCUGCUGCGAAUAAAUCAAUGAAGUGUGCAGAAAUGAUCAUUCCAAUGCUGACCAGUGUCAAUGUUUCUGAACGAGGAGGUCGCACAGCCUUGCACCAUGCUGCUCUCAAUGGUCAUAUAGAGAUGGUCAAUCUGCUCAUUGCAAAAGGAGCAAAUAUAAAUGCCUUUGACAAAAGGGACAGAAGAGCUCUGCACUGGGCAGCAUAUAAGGGUCAUCUUGAAGUUGUCACAUCACUAAUAAAUUUUGGCGCUGAAGCUAUGUGUAAGGAUAAGAAAGGAUACACUCCUCUCCAUGCUGCUGCAUCCAGUGGGCAAGUUCACAUUGUUAAACAACUCGUUAAUCUUAAUACAGAAAUUGAUGAAGUAAAUGCUAAUGGCAACACUGCUCUGCAUAUUGCAUGUUAUAAUGGUGAAGAUAAGGUUGUGGAAGAACUCAUCAGCUAUGGAGCUAAUGUAAACAAGACAAACAACAAAGGAUUCACUCCACUACAUUUUGCUGUAGCCUCCAACCUUGGUACAAGGUGUCUUGGUCUACUUAUUAGUAACAGGGCAGAUGUUAAUAUUCAGAGUAACGAUGGUAGAAGUGCCUUACAUCUGGCUGCUGAGCAUGGAAGAUAUUCAAGAUCGCAAAAACUGAUACUAAAUGGGGCUAAUAUUGAUUUUCAAGACAAAGUUGGAAAUACUCCAUUACAUGUGGCUGCAAGAUACGGGCGGGAGUGUUUAAUAAACCUAUUUUUGUGUAGUGGAUCCAAUACAGCAAUAGGUGGUGUGCACAAUAUGUUUCCCCUGCAUUUAGCGGUUCUAUAUGGGCAUAUUGAGUGUUGUAGACAGCUCUUGUCAUCAGGUAAAAUAAAUAAUUUCAGUUCUGAAUUAAUUGUUAAACAUGUGCUCCUAGAUUUUGAAAUAAAUACACCCGAUAUUUUUGGAAGAACAUGUCUGCAUGCUGCAGCGGCAGGAGGAAAUGUUGAGUGCGUACAAGUUUUACAGCUUACUGGAGCAGAUCAGAGCAAAAAAGACAAAUGUGGUCGGACACCCUUGCAUUAUGCAUCUGUUAACUGCCACUUCCACUGUAUUGAGAUUUUGGUAAACUCUGGUGCAAAUGUGAAUGAACCAGAUGAUUGGGGCCGGACAUCUUUGCAUUAUGCUGCAGCUUCGAAUAUUGACCGCAAGAGAAUAAUCAUGGGAAGAGGACAUGAAAAUACAGAAGACUCUGAUGUAUUCUCUCCUGUAAAAGAAAAAGAAGCAGCCACGUGCUUGCAAUAUCUGCUUGAGAACAAAGCCGACCCAUCAAUUUGUGACAAAGCUGGGUACAGUGCCAUCCAUUAUGCUGCUGCCUAUGGUCACAGAGAAGGCUUGGAAUAUCUGCUAAAAAGAACUGAAGAUAUUACUGAUGUUGCAAUCCCUCCAACUACGAAAAGCCCUUUACACUUGGCGGCAUACAAUGGACAUCAUGAAGCUUUGGAAAUACUGUUUAAUACUUAUGCUGAGGUUGAUAUAAAAGAUGAAAAAGGACGAACGCCACUGGAUCUUGCUUCUUUCAAAGGGCACACAGAGUGUGUUGAAGUCCUUAUUAGUCAAGGAGCUUCCAUUACUGUGCAUGACUCAGUUACUCAAAGAACUCCACUUCAUGCUGCUGUUAUAAAUGGACAUACAUCAUGUUUACGGUUGUUACUUGAAAUGGCUGAACACACUGAAGUUGUAAAUGUGGUGAAUGAAAAGAAACAAACACCUUUGAUGCUUGCAGUAGAAUAUGGGCACAUUGAUGCUGUUUCCUUGUUACUUGAAAAAGAAGCAUCAGUAGAUACAACUGAUAUCUAUGGAUGUACCACUUUGCACAGAGGGGUAAUGACGGGCCAUGAAGAAUGCAUUCAGAUGCUACUGGAUCAGGAAGCAUCUGUUUUAUGUACAGAUCUGACGGGACGGACGCCGCUGCAUUAUGCAGCUGCUCAGGGACAUUCUACACUGCUUAGUGAACUGCUGCUGAUUGCACUUUCAGAAGGAGACUACAGUUUCAGAGACAAUUACGGGUAUACGCUUUUGCACUGGACUUCAUAUAAGGGCAAUGAAAAUUGUUUAGAGGUACUUUUGGAACAGAAGGCUUUCCGUAAUAACAGUGGAAAUCUUUUUUCGCCUCUACACUGCGCAGUAAUAAAUAAUCAUGAAAACUGUGCUGCAAUGCUCAUUGGAUCUAUAGGCGGGAACAUUGUUAACUGUAAAGACAAGAAGGGGAGGGACAUGAAAGUUGUGCUGUUUUAAUCGUUGACAAGAUAAAAGAUCAGAAUGUUAUUAACUCAGCAAACACUGCAUUACAAACGCCUCUUCAUAUAGCAAGGCAAAAUGGAUUAAAGGCUGUUAUUGAAAAACUAAUCAGUGAAGGGGCACUCGAUGAAAAUGGUA